AUGGAACAGGCCAGCGGCGGCGCCGAAGCUACUCUAUUACAGGAAGCAUUGAACCACAUGGCCACCACGCAAAUAAGAGCAAAAGUAAAUGUACACUCAGACAGCCCGCCACUCCUGUCCACGAUCGCGGCCAGGGACGCGCGAGUGGUGCAGAUCAAAAAAGCUCUUAGGCGGCUCAGAGAAGAUACAAUAGACCUGUACCACGUGUGCCGCCACCGCACAAGUGUUCGGAAAAGAGCUGGCGGAAGAGGCGGCGGCGAGCGUGGUGAAGAAAACCACACAGGUCUCGAUUUCUGGCUGAACAAGGAACCCGUGUGGUCAGACAAUGGAACCUAUUCUACGUCACUGUACACGAAGAGGGUACAGUCCAUCAUCAAAAACAGGAAAAAGUCCAAGCCACUGUUGCUCGUGGUGUCUUACCAGGUCGCACACUCCGCAUUAGACCAAGAUCUCCUGCAGGCGCCGGAGGAAAAUAUCGCCAAGUUCCCCUACAUAGGAGAGAAGAACAGAACAAUCUAUGCUGGUAUGGUCGACACGUUGGAUCAUUCAGUCGGCCAAGUGUUCAAGGCGUUAGGCGACGCUGGAAUGCUGGAGAACACUGUUAUCGCCUUCAGCAGCGACAACGGCGGUGCCCCUUGGGGCAAUCACAACUCUCGCGGUUACAACUGGCCACUGCGGGGAGCGAAAGGCACGCUCUGGGAAGGAGGCACCAGGGCGGCCGCUUUCGUCUGGAGUCCCCUGCUUGCUUUUAGACGCCGAGUGUCCAGCCAACUGAUGCACAUUACGGACUGGUUGCCCACGUUCUACUCAAUCGCCGGAGGCGACGCCGCGAAGAUGGCGGAAUUGGACGGAUACGACAUGUGGCGGCCUUUAUCCUACGGACUGCCGUCACCUCGCACUGAGUUGCUCUACAACUACGACUAUACGUUCACGAUGUCCUCGGCACUGCGCAACUCUCGGUACAAGUUGGUGCAAGACGGCACCGGACGCUUCAUCGAUCGCUACAACGUACCGGGUGGAAGCCGUCCGCGCAACGACCUCGACGCUCUGCUUUACCAGUCGACCGUAGCCGGCGUUCUCAGGAAGAUUUACAAGAAGAAUAACCUGGCCUUUAGCAGGGGUUGGAGGCAGAGAGCGACGCUCACGUGUGGCAAAGCAAAAACAACGAACUUUUCCUCUAACACAUCUGUCUACCUCUUCGAUAUAGUCACGGAUCCCUGCGAGUUCAAUAACUUGGCCAGCACACUACCGAACGUGGUGGCGUCACUAAAGAAGCGCUUGGAAGCGUUUGGAGCUGCUGCCGUGCCUGUGCGGGGGAAUGCGACAAUUGAUCCUAACAGUUUUCCUGAAAACCACGGGGGAACUUGGGCGCCCUGGGUACCGUCCUCGUGUCCGACAUCGUAA